AGGUUUUUCAUCGCCUCCUAUUUUGGGGAUGAGGAACCUAAAGCGCCUAGGAACCUUUGGUCUUUGUCCAGAGUUUCAACAUCAGACUGUUUUGGGCGACGGACCGAUCUCCCGGAAUUGGCUUCUCCGCCAGGACAUCACUUCCGGGAGGGUUUCUUCCGCCACGCCUUCCCUCUCCUGAUUAAAAAAGGGCUGGCCAUGGAGGAGCCGGAGAUGCAGCUGAAAGUGAAGAAAGUGACAGACAAAUUCACGGAAAGCAUGUACGUCUUGGCCAACGAACCUUCAGUUGCUUUGUAUCGGCUUCAGGAGCACGUCAGGCGGUCCCUUCCAGAACUGGCUCAGCAUAAGGCUGACAUGCAGAGCUGGGAGGAGCAGAGCCAAGGAGCCAUUUACACCGUAGAGUAUGCCUGCAGUGCCAUCAAGAACAUGAAGGACAGUGGCGUGUAUUUCAAGAGCAUUGAAGGCUUUCUCCGGCAUGCAACGGCUAUUAAGGAUCGGCUGAAUAUGGCCCGCCGGUAGCUCGGGAAAACUGGGAAGCCUCGUGACACCCUCCACCCGCCAGUUCGGAUAGAAGCACGAGAGUGUUUGAUAGAUCUGCGGUCUGCUCGCCCAGGGAGGCCUCCUGGCAUGCACACUGAACCAAUUUUUUUCUUUAAAAAACAAACACACACCAGUAUUCUCGUUAAUCUGAAUAUCAAGCCUCUGGAAAGAUAACAGCCGCCAGUGGAAAAAACAAUGAUUGUAGAGAAAUACGGGACACUAGGAUUUUCUGAGCAGGUUGGAGUGGGAGGGGGUGCAGCUGAAUUUUCUUUAUGGUUUUGUUGGGAUGGCUAGAGAGAGAGUGAGGAUUCCUGCAGCCUCAUGGGUAGAGCAUGGUUUGUUGUUAAUGGGAAAACUUUUUAAAGUUAGAGCCAGGACUGCAGUUUGGGAGGGGCAUUUUGGAAAUGGGGAGGGGCUUGUGGCAGGAGGUGGGGCCGAAUCCACGUGGAGACAUUUGCACCCAAGCCUUCAAAGCAGACUUAACUGAUCCAAGAGGAAGAAGCUCCCUGGCCUGCAAACCAGGGCUUGUUCUGUGCAAUACGCAGUUCUGCUGAGGCGUCACGGUAGCCAAAAUUUAAAGGGAUCCUGCGUAGGAUACUGUUGCAUAUUUAUCAAAAUUAAUGUGAAUCGACGUUUUC